AUGGAGACUCAGGCUGAAGAGAACCAACAGAAUCGAAAUCUGCUGGUUGAACUCUUUUUUCCUGAGACUCCGGAAGUAACAUUGGAUAUAAUCGCAGUGCACGGCAUGAAUAUAUGGGACAAUCCUAACCAUCAUGAUGAUACUUGGACGCAUCCCGACUCAAAGAAGAACUGGAUAACGGAUUUCCUUCCGCAGGAUCUCCCUGAAGCAAGGAUUCUCGGGUUUCAAUACAAUGCCAACGUCGUCUUUUCUACCUCAUCAGCUUCUAUCGAAGAGCAUGCAUCGAAUCUAUUGAAUUAG